AUGGAGGAUCGCUUGGUCGAGCAAUUCGGAGCAUUUAGCCUCAGCAGGCUCCCUGCAGACAAGACAACAAGUAUAGUACGUAUUGACAACCCAUCGGCUUCAAAGCAGAGCACAGCAACGAGCUCCGAAAUAGGCUCGGAGCACACUCCGGCGACAAGUGUCCCAUCAACAUCCCCGAGCAGUCCAUGUAACAUCGGAAGUACAUCGACAGUGCCUACAGCAGAUAUCGCAUUAUCGCCGCUUGAUAUAGAUGAGACAGCAGUGCCGUCCAAUCCACCGGGCGUGUCCGAGGACGAGACUGAGGAAUCUUGCUGCGAGGUCCGCGAAACGGCUGGGAAGGGACAGGGCCUAUUUGCAACUCGCAGCAUCAAAGCCGGCACUUUGGUCUUUAAAGAGUCGCCUCUGAUCAAUCUUUCGCGUCAGGAAGAAAAAUCCAGCAAGUCGAUCAAGGCUGCGUUCCACGCCUUGGACAGAACGCAGAAAAAGGUCUACAAAGCUUUGUUCGACCUGCAGAAAGGCGACGUCGACCCCGUGGUUGGUAUAUACUACAGCAACUGUUACUCAACCGAUGCUUUCGCAAUCGAGGGAUCAGACGACCCGCUAGCUCACGGCGGUUCAUGUAUAGGCGCUCUGGCAUCGAGAAUCAACCACAGCUGCGUUCCAAACGUUUGCCUCUUCUACGUUCCACCCACCGAUCCCGACAAGCCAGCCGAGAUGCACUUCUAUGCCUUCCGUCCCAUCGCGAAAGGCAAAGAGAUACUGUCAAACUACAACAAGCACAUGUUCAAUGGUACGAAGAAGCGGCAACAAAUUUUCCUGCAUCAGUACGGCUUCACUUGCUCUUGUGAGGCCUGUGUCCCACCCUCCGCCUUUUGGGCAAAGAGUGACAAGCGUCGUGGAGAGAUGCGGAAGCUAAUCGAGGAGCUCGCUGGCUUGGAACAGGAAUGGGAGAAGCACAACGCCUCGAGCCCAAGGCCCGAAAUUGUUCGUCGACCAAUCGCUGCUCUCGUCGCUCUCGAGUCAUUGCUCGUCAAAGAGAAGCUUAUCGACAGACCUCUUCGGAAUGUGUACAAGAGCUUGGCUAAAUGGACUGUUCGGGCGGGAGAGGUUCCUCGCACAUGGCUCGAAAAGGAGCUCGCGGUGACUGUAUUGAUUUCUGGCAAAGGCAGUCGUUGGUCUUUGACACUAGAUGGUGAACUGCGACGACAGGCUUGA